AUGACUAUAUGUUCUGGAUGCGGAGUAGUAACAGAAGUUACUAUUUGCUGCCCUAUUUGUUUAAAAAACAACAAGAAAAUAUUUUAUUGUUCCCAAGAAUGUUUCGAACAGAAUUAUAAAGAGCACAAAAAGAUUCAUUACCUUAUAAAUAUUGUAAGUAGGGAAGAAGAGAAUCAGAAUAAAAUAUGUGAAAAUGAAUUAAAUGCUGUCAAGGAUGACUUACCUGUAAUUGUUUUGACUAAUGAACAUGGAACUGAUAUAAAUAACAGUAAUAUUAGUCAAAAUAUGAGUAAUAAUAUAAUUGGUAAUGUGUGCAAUGAUAUAUAUGAAACUAGCUAUUAUAACAAAUUGUCUGAUAGCGGCACACACAACGGAACAAAUAAUAACAAUAUUAAUGUUGAUAAAAUGGAUGAUAAUAAAAUGGAUGAUAAUAAAAUGGAUGAUAAUAAAAUGAAUGAUAAUAAAGUGAAUGACCAUAUAAUGAAUGACAAUAAUAAUAAUAAUAAUAGUAGUAGUAGUAACAAAAUUUAUAAUAAUAAUUAUAUGAGUAAUAUAAUAAUUUUACAAAAUGAAGAUGAUCGAAGUAAUGAUACUUCCUUCUUACAUUUAAAUAAAUCUGAUAGUACAAAAAAUUUUGAUGAUACACAUAAUUAUAAUAAUAGAGAUUAUAAAAGCACAAGAAGUUUAACCUUUGAAAAGUUACAUAGAAAAAAUAAUUAUCUCAAAUAUAAAAAUAUUAAAGAUGAUCAUCUAUUAAAUAAUACUAAUAAUGAAGAUAAAAAACAAGAAGAAGAUGAAGAAAAUGAAUAUAACAAUAAAACUAAUCCACAUAAUAAGAAUUCUUUUAUAAUAAAAGUGUCUUAUUAUAUAUCCUAUAUAUGUUCUUAUAUUUUUUCAAAUAAAUAUCAUAUGCUAUUACCUUAUUAUGAUGAUGUAUCACUUACAAAUGAAAAAAAAAAAAAAAAAGACUUUAAAUCCUUCAAACUAAAGAAUAAAUUAAGUGAACAUAAAAUUCUGGAACUUAAAAAAAAAAUCAGGAUUAAAAAAUUUGUUCAACUUACCCUUCUUUUAUUAUUAAUUAGUAUUAUUGUAUUUAUAUCUACCUAUGGAUUUUCUUACAUAUUAGAGAUAUCACAAAAAAAAUUACAAAUUAAUGCAGAAAAAAAAAUGAUGUUCAAUGAAGAAAAUAAUAAAAAUCAAGAGUUACAAGAAAUAAAAUCAUAUAUUAAUGUGAUUGAAGAUUUAAGAAAAGAAAUAGCUGAAAUGAAGGAGAUCUUAUAUGUUCAUAAUGUUAUAUUAAAUAAAAAUUUCCAUCUCAACAAUUCUUAUAUUCUUUUUAAUAAUAAAAUGAAACCAGCAAAUUCUUCCUAUAAUAAAAAAGGAUCAGAUAAUAUGGGAACAUUAACGUCACAUUAUUAUUAUGAUGAUACGUCUUCAUCUUAUCAUGACAACAAUAAUAAUAAUAAUAAUAAUAGUAAUAAUAGUAAUAAUGGUAAUUAUGUGGAUGAUGGAAAUAUAAAUUAUAUCCCAACUAUUACUAGAAAUGAAUAUGACGUAAAAGAAUUAUACCCUACGAAUCAAAAUUCUGAUGAAAUUACUUUAGAAAAGGAAAAAAAUUAUUAUGAUAAAAAAUUAAAUAAGGAAGAAACAAAAGAAACGAUGUCUGAUGUACAUAGCAUACCACAUAACAAUAAUAAUAAGGAAGAAACAUAUAAUAAUAAUAAUAAUAAUAAUAAUAUAAACGAUAAUACACAAAUAUUAAAUUCAACCACUUCUCAAUUAAAUGAACAGGGUAAUAUCGAAGUUGUUAAAACAAAUAAUCAAACAGUAAAUGAAAAUAUUAAUAAUUAUAUAAAAAAUCAUAAACAGUCAAUAUCAAAUAAUGCAGAGUAUGCACAAGUCAGUAAUGCAACAAUAAAUGAAGAAGAUAAUAAAUAUGUAGACAAUAAGAUAAUUUUAGAAAAUAUGAAUAAUAUAAAAAACAGUGGUACUGUUUCUAUGGAUAUAAAUAAUGUAUCCAAUAAUAAUUUUAUACAUAGCCACAAAAUAAAGGAUAAAUAUCUUAAUACUUCUUCAAAGCUGGAAGAUAAUGAUAAGACUGAAAACGGGGAUAGAAAAGUGAACACCAAUAAAAUGAAUAAAAAAAAGCAAAACACAAUAUAA